AUGCCGUCAAUUCCACCUCGUCGAGGAAAACAUUACAACAAUGUAAAAGUUGGACCUCCUAUAACAGCAUCUGUUUAUCCACCGACAAUUUGUUUCGGUCGUUUAUUAAAAAAAAUAUGGGGUGCAAAUCCUAUUUGGGAAAUUUCUCAAUCAUCUAUUGAUGUAAAUGAUUAUUUGCCCAUUUGUUUAUAUCCUUCUCCACUUCCAACCUUAACUGAUCAUAUAAAACAUCAAACUCUUUGUGCUAGACCAAUAAUUUGGAUUGUACGAAGAUCUCAAGUACAAUCUCAUCCUAUCUAUCGAUCAGCUGAUAAAAAACGAUUAAUUGAUGAACUUCCAACAGAUCAAAAAUACAAUUUUACUUUAAUUGGAGACGGUCGUCUUGCAUUUGCUCGAAUUCCACAUACGAAAUUCAAGUAUCCUUAUCGAUUAUUGAGUAAACAUAUUGCUCUUGCUAAACACUCUUCUAAUGUACGAUUUGCUGGUGAAAUGAGAAAAGCUGAUAAUGGUGAAACAUUGCUUAUUAAUAAUAAUUCAGGUACUUAUAGACCUGAUGAUAAAAUGGUUCCAUCAGCUGUUGCCUAUUUUCAACGUCUCUUUCCUCAUUUACUUGUACGUGGAAUACCAAGAAAUUAA